AAACAGAAGCUAUUUAAAUGUAAGGUUUCUGCUAACUUAGACGUCAAAAAUAGCAAGCUUAGUUGCAUCGUUUCUAUAGAAACAGCAUUGCAUUAUGUCCUGAACUUCCUUGUAUAUCGUGCACCGCGUCCCAUUUGAAUUAAGAAUAACAGAUAUCAUUAGAACGCAUACUCAUCUGUUUCACUUAAUCUACUCUUGCGGUUAGAGUGAUCACUAUAUCUACAUUUAGCACAUCACCUCAGCUGCUUAUCACUUUCAAGACGGCUUUGCGGAAACAUGAAGGAACAACAAAUCACCAUUUGAACGGGACGCAAAAUGCCUUCGAAAUUCGAUUUUUUGCAUGAACGAUCAGCCGUGCUUGCUCUAUUUCUCAAGGAGAUAAACUGAACAAAAAAUGGAGAUUGGUGGGCAACGUCAUCCCAGUGUGAUUAGCAAAGAGCAGCUGAAGAAUCUAAGGAUCAGCCUUUGUUAAUGAAGUCCAAUGUAAUAAAGCAUCAUACAGAGCCACAUCUAGAGCUUAUAUUCAACUGCCAUACAGUUUAAUCUACCUACUAUUUUAAAUAACUAACACGAAUCAUGCCCUCAAUGGUUGCAAAGAUUGCGAAGUCUGUGUUUCUUUAUGUAGAUGCGACCUAAAAACAAAUCCAAAUCUUUCUUAAAUAAAUUAGCAUUGUUACGAACUAUGGGAAAAUCGGUCAACACGCACUGUUAGUUGCAAUGCUUCAUUUGGGUGUAUCGGUCUAUGUGAUAUACGCCUUGAUUGCGUGUAUUUUGGUGUAUACAAUCUUAGGGAUUAGGAAUCAAUUAGUCACUUGGUUUCGAUGUGUCCUGUUCGUUUUAAGGUUAACAGGACCUCCUGUGGUACCGCUGUUUGGAAACCUACUUUCAGUCAGAAGUGGAACUGAAUUCAUAAAAUUCCUAAUAGCUCUACGAAAGUAUGAACGGUCGUUGUUGGGACUGUGGAUUUCUGUUCUACCUGCCGUUGGUGUCGGUGAUCCGAAACACAUCCAGAUCAUACUCUCGAGCACGAAGACGGCAGGCAAGAAUUUUUUUUAUGAGUUCAUGCAUACGUUCCUUGGGAAAGGAUUAUUAACAAAAAAUGGGCAUGAAUGGAAAACCCAUCGUAAAUUCAUACAACCGUGCUUUCACAAGAGAGUUUUGGAACAAUUCAUCCCAACGUUUAAAGAAUCGUCUGAUCUCUUGGUGGAGAAGCUGAGUAACAAGAACGAGGUUAAUAUCACCACCUACAUUAAUGAAUGCGUUCUAAAUAUUAUACACUGCGCGUUUCUGGGAAUACCUGUUAGAGAUCAAACCGCUAAGAAAAGUUCCCCGUUCAAUAAGGGCCAGCUCGUUUUGCUUCAACGACUAAUACGGCCGUGGUACAUGCUAGACUUUAUAUACCAAUUUUCCUCAAUUUCUAAAAGCGAGUCAAACCAGCAAUUGACUCUGCAACAGUUUGUCAAGCAGACCUUAGACUCACGUCGCAAAGCAACCAAUAAAGGAAAAAUGUGUUUGUUGGAAUAUUUCUUGGAAAUUUCCGAAAAACACUCGCAGUUCUCCGAAGAAAACGUCAUAGACGAGAUCUGCACUUUUAUGCUUGCCGGCCAGGAUUCGGUCGGAUCAGCCGUGUCGUUCACGUUGUACUGUUUGGCGAAGCAUGCUGAAGUACAGGAGAAGGUAGUGGAGGAGAUGAAUAGAGUAUUUAAGGAUCACCCUGGAAUAAGCAUGGAGAGUUUGGACGAUUUGGUGUAUAUGAAGCAAUGCAUUAAGGAGUCAUUACGGCUUUAUCCAAGCGUUCCAGUGAUCGCUCGAAAAUUAGUUGAAGACGUUCAAAUCGAUAAAUACAAGUUACCCGCUGGUUUAAACGUACUUAUAAGUCCAAUUACAACGCACAGAUUGGAAUAUUACUACCCCAAUCCUCACAAGUUUGAUCCUGAUCGGUUUUCAUCCGAAAACGAGGCAACCCUACAUCCCUACGCGUUUUUACCGUUUAGCACGGGACCGAGGAAUUGUAUCGGUUACGAAUUUGCCUAUUUGGAAAUGAAGACAAUGAUUGCAACGGUUCUAAGGAAUUUUAAAAUUACUCUCCCUAGGGACUAUGAUUUGGAACCGUCGUAUAGGGUUACGUUAAGGGCUAAAGGGGGAAUUAAAUUGCAUUUAAUACCACGACAAUGAAAUCAUACAGCGGUUUAGUUUUGCUGUGAUUUUUGUCGCUGAUUUGGUACAUACAGUAUGUAAUAAAUAGCUGGCGGGGGCAUGAAUAAAGUUAAAGUACUAUUGAAAGGCCUUGGCCUCUACUAAUAUUUUUAAUUCUUGACUAGUUUCUAGGUAACUGAAUAGGAAUCAGCUUGUGGGAAUAACUUCUAUUCGUAUAAUGCGUUACAACUUGAUUCGGGCCGAUAACAUGUAAAUUACUAUGUAAA